CCAAAAGUCAUUAAUACCCCACAAUGCCAAUCUAUUAUUCCCUCACAUUCGGCAUCCUUCUCACUGAGAUGAUUGCCUUUGGCAUUCUCGUGACACCUCUUCCUACACGCUGGCGUAGAGCUAUGAUGAAGUUUGCAUCCACUUCACCUGUUAUCGCGAAUGGUCUUUACGGACUGAAAAUUGUAUUUGCCUUUAUAUUUGUGCUCUUUUUAGACACUCUUAAUCGCCUCCAUCGUAUUGAAAGUGAAGUCUCGGACGAACACAAGCACGACUACAACUAUGAGGCCAAUCUCAAGGCCAAGAGAUUCUAUGCUCAGCGCAACAUAUACCUUACUGGAUUCACACUUUUCCUUUCACUUAUUCUCGAGCGAACAAGCAAAUUGGUUCUUGAUAUGUUGAAGCGCGAGGAAGAACUUGACAAUGCAAAGAAGGAGGCAAUCUCCCUCUUACCCUUCUCCUAUAUUUUUACACAGUCUGCUGUUACAAUGAAAGAUCAGCAGCGUUUGAUUGAUCUCGAGUCAACUUACACCAAACAGGUCAAUGAACUGACAAAGGAAAUCAAGGAGUUGAAAACGAAGGAACUUGACAUCGAGACACUCAAAAAGCAGGUUGAACAGCAGUCUGUAGAAUACAACCGUUUGUCGGAUGAGCGUAAUGAAUUCGAGAAAAAAGCAAACUUGAUGACACUCGAGACAAGAAAGGAUAUUUAA